CUGCAGCUUUGCUCAGUGUGCUGUGGAGAUCACUUUGCCUCUCAGAGAACCAGAACCGCCACCAUGGUCGACUCCUUCUGUGCCACCUGGAAGCUGGUUGACAGCGACAACUUUGACGAGUACAUGAAAGCACUCGGUGUGGGCUUCGCCACCCGGCAGGUCGGUAACGUGACCAAGCCGACAGUCAUCAUCAGCCAGGAGGGGGACACGGUGCUGGUUCGUACUCAGAGCACCUUCAAGAACACUGAGAUCUCCUUCAAGCUGGGAGAGGAGUUUGACGAAACCACCGCUGAUGACAGGAACUGUAAAUCCACGGUGACUCUGGAGGGAGACAAGCUGGUCCACGUCCAGAAGUGGGACGGCAAAGAGACCAAGUUCGUCAGAGAAAUCAAGGAUGGAAAGAUGGUCAUGAAUCUGACCUUUGAAGACGUCCACGCGGUGCGCAGCUACGAGAAGGCAUGAGAGCUCCGACCGACCGACCGACACCGACCGCGUCCCGACCCGGCCAAGAAGAGUGGACUUUAUAAUUAUUAUUGACUGUUUGCUUCUCUUUGCACUUCAUCUUCCUCCUCCUCCUCUUCCUCUUCCUCCUCUUCAUCCUCCUCCUCUUCAUCCUCCUCCUCCUCCCCCUCUUCAUCCUCCUCUUCCUCCUCCUCCUCCUCCUCCUCUUCCUCCUCCUCAUCCUCUUCCUCCUCCUCCUCUUCAUCCUCCUCCUCCUCUUCCUCCUCCUCCUCUUCCUCCUCCUCCUCCUCUCGGCCUGCAGGCUGCACAUGUUUUGUAAGAUUUCUUUCUUUUUAUAUGAACCCUUUGUGGUGAUGGACGGCUCGUCUCUGUAACUUUGUGUGAAACAUGAAAUAAAACACCCAGAGAGUAA